UGCCCACUGAGUGCCUUUUCCAUUAUUGUUGGAUUGGUUACAAGAAGUAAAAGAUACAAGCCGCUGACACCAUGCCACCACUGCAAGUCCCAUAAAAGCAGAGUGCCCUGCAGUCAACUCACAGGGGCUGAAGAAACGGAGGGGAGGUUGGCCCUAGGAUGAACGUGCUGCUUCUCACUCUCGUCCUGGGCCUGGCCCAUGCUGACCAGCUCUCCAGUAUAGAAGGGACACUGGGCCACCAGUACCAGCAGAAAACUCGGUGGAACACCAUCUACCUGACGGCCAACAGGGAGGAAAUGAUAGCGGAGAAUGGACCACUGAGAAUUUACCUUCGUGACAUAGAUUGGCUGCUCAAUGGUGACCUCAAUGUCACCUUUUACAUCAGGGUUAACUGCACCUGCAGGAGGUUUCGUGUCCAUGCUGUUAGAAGCGAGGAAGUGUGGUUCAGCAUGCACUACUCAGGGAAGUGCUACUUCUACAUCAAGCAGAUCAUGAGCGCACAUAUGAUUUAUCUUGUCAACAUAAGUGAAGAUGCUGAUGUGACCUUCAUGAUGCUGGCCUUCGCUACAGGGCAUGAACUGAGUAAUCAAGACUAUAGUAAUUUCAGAAGACACGUAGAAGAAAUGAAACUGUCAGUCAAAAACAUCAUUAAAGUCACCGAAACAGACAUCUGUCCUCAUUAUGCCAAGUAAGCAGAUGGAAAUCAUGUCAGAUUCAUCUGAAUUCUGCUGGCAUGCCUCCUCAUUCUCUCGACACCGGCGAAGUGACCUGCAUUAGAUGGAUGCAAACCUCAGCUCUGUGUCCCUGACCUUCUACUGGUCUGCCUGCUCCCAUGCAUUCUCUUCUCUCCCCUGGAGCAGAUCCCCGCAAACUUCCUCAUGCCUUCCCAGGUUGGG